CAGAAAGUCAAAAGCGUAUCAAAAGUUACUGUACUCGGGAAAAGAGAAAGGAGACGGGUUGCGUGAGAAAUGCGUGAGAAAUGGAGGCCGAAGGGGAGACGACUGAUACAUAAGUGAAGGGCAGAGAGGAAGGAGAGAGAGAGAGAGAGAGAGAAACAAGCGGGGCGCAGGAAUGGAUCAGGAAUGGCAUUUCCACGACUGCGCCGCGGCCCGGCUGGAUCCGGACAGCGGGGAAAUCCAGCACAAGGCGGACUUCUUCCGGAAACUGGGCUACUCCUCGGCGGAGGUGAGGGCCGCCCUGGGCAAGCUGGGCCUGAGCACCGACACCAACUCCGUGCUGGGAGAGCUGGUGAGGUCCAGGACCGUCGACGCCGGAUCGCCCUCCGUCCCCAGUCUGCUGGACGGUGACGAGAAUCCGCCGGCCCCCAGCUGGGCCCCGGGACCCCGCAGAGGGCCCCCAUCGCCGCCGUCCCAACAGGAGGAGACCGGGGACGCGGAGUCUGAGCUGAAAGCCGUCGUUAUCGACGGCAGCAAUGUCGCCAUGAGUCACGGAAACAAGGAAGUCUUCUCCUGCCGGGGCAUCCAGCUGGCAGUGAGCUACUUCCUGAGCAGAGGCCACACCAGUAUCACCGUGUUUGUCCCUACCUGGCGCAAGGAACAGCCCAGGCCCGACGCCCCCAUCACAGAUCAACACAUCCUGACGGAGCUGGAAAAAAAGAAGAUCGUGGUGUUCACUCCGUCACGCCGUGUCGGGGGCAAGCGGGUGGUCUGCUAUGACGACCGUUUCAUCGUCAAGUUUGCGUACGAGUCGGACGCGGUCAUUGUGUCCAACGACACCUACCGUGACCUACAGGGAGAGAGACCGGAGUGGAAGAAAUGUGUCGAGGAAAGCCUCCUCAUGUACUCCUUCGUCAAUGACAAGUUUAUGCCCCCGGAUGAUCCCAUGGGCCGCCACGGCCCCAGUCUCGAAAACCUCCUCAGAAAGAGGCCGCUGCCCGUGGAGCAGAAGAGACAGCUUUGUCCUUAUGAUAAAAAGUGCACUUACGGCAUCAAAUGUAAGUUCUACCACCCGGAGCGAGCGAACCAGUCCUACUGCUCCUUGGCUGACGAACUGAGAGAGAACGCCCGGAUAUCUGCUGUAAAGGAGGAGAGAAUUUCCAGGUCGCCACCAGGAGGCCCUCAGUCUGAUCUAGGUCAUUCACAUAAUCCCCAUUUCCAUUCUCUGGAGUUUGAAAUGGAGCACAAGUUGUCCUUAAAUCAGCACAGCUCCCUGUACCCUGGUCAGUUGAGUAAGAACACAUUCCUGUGCCGGAACGGACCCAGAACCGGUCUGAACCGCACUUUCAAUUCAGCUGUAGGAGGCUGCUGUCAGAAAGAGUGGAUAGGGCCGCAACCUGUUCCGAGUUCCCCCUUUGCCAGCAUCUGUCAUGAGCACCUGGACUCUGGCCUUGGUUCUUACGAGAGUCAGUAUGCUGAUGUUUCACAGAGACACAGCAAACCUCACAGGUCCAGCAAGCCUCAGCAGCACGGCCUCUUCGUAGGGGCCCAACAGUCGCCCGUGUAUAUGAAGAGGCAGCACCAUGACGCGGCCUGUAAGUGGUGCAGUUCCCCCGUAGUGCCCCCUAUAGUUCACCAGCAGUAUUAUAAUACCUCAAACCUGGAGUCCUGCUCUCAGCACGGAUAUAACGACACGUGUCCUCCUAGCAUCCACCACCGCCACCAUUACAACCUCCCCAACCAACUCCAGCAUAGCAAGCGCAUGUACUGGUCAGAUCCCUUCCAGGCAGUCCCAGCGGGCAGGGCGUCUCGUAGUCUCCCCACCUCCACCCAUUCCCCAUGUCCUCACAUGCCCGCCUCCUUCUACAGGGAGCGUCAGCACCAUUCCUGGGCCCAGCGGCCACCCAGCGCCGUGUUUGAUCCCGAAAGGUUGCAACUUCGCAAGAAGCUGCAAGCCAUCUUCAAUCCCGUUCAGGUGGACAUGGUCAUGGAAAUGUACCCGCACAUAAUGGACGCUCAGAAACUGGCGGUGGAGAUCCUCAAGGCUCCGGCAGGGAUGUUCUGAUGUUCCUUUUGAUGUUGAUGUUCCAGUGUUAAAAUUGUCGAUUACCGAUACCUUCUCAAUCAAAAAGUCUUUUUUGACAUGUUUCUAUAGUUCUUGAACUUGAGUUCUCAGUUAAAACUAUUUGAAAGUAAAUGACGCCUCUUAUCUUCUUGUCUUUGUUGAAAAGAAUAUUUCUCAGUAGACCACAAUACAUUCUCAGUGAAUAUAUAAUUGUUGUCUACCUGUUAAUGAGCAGUUAACCUUUUUAUAUGUGGUCAAAAUCUUAUUGACAAUAAGUACUGUAUGGCAGUUUAGUCAAAUGUGACCUUGUUGUCCAUGUUUAGGAUGAAAAGCGCCUCUAGACUAAGAAUCAUGACGUGUGUUUCUAGAGUUUUGCAUGUUGAUGCAUAUUGUGUCAAAUGUUAUGUGUUUUUGUCUUAACUAGAAGAUCCAAGUUCUCAUGAAUUAAGCCCAGAUAGCAAAAUUGCUGUGGCCCGGACCCGUCCCACACCCGACACUUUCAUCCGGCCCACAUACCACGUGGAAUGAUGGCACUUGGGCGGUCCGCUCCCGUUUGCCAGAUCUGGGCCAGAACCAAGCCAUAGCAAUGCCGCAUGUGCCACAUAUUUACCAAAGGUGGCCCAUAUUUGUUUUGUGAUAUUUGGGCCACUUCAGGGUUACAUCCAGAUUACAUGUUGCCGAGAGCACCGCAUCUUUGCCAACAAAGGCCCACAUUUGAUUUGGCAUAUUUGGGCCAUAUAUUAUUACAUAUAUUACUAUUAUACAUGUGGCCCACUUUAGGCUCACGUCCAUUUUGUCAGGGCCAGAAGAAGGCCAUCAGCGCCGCAUCAUUGCCUGACGUGGCCCACAUCCGGAUGCUAUCUGGGAGGUGACAUUGUAUAAAGUGGCAUAUCCUUUUCAGUAUGUAGCAGUUCUGGGUAAUCUCACCCGCUUUGCCAUAUUUUGUCCAUGUAUCUGACAUUUAAGUUUUAGUAUGUUGUAUUUACAGGACAAUGUAAGUAAGGUCAAUGCAUUUAGUUGGUAAAAAAUUCAACCAAGGAUUGUAGUCAACAGACAGUGUUCGGUUGCCUCUCUCGCCAAAAACCUGCCAAAGACACUUAAACUGCUGCCAUACCAUCUUUAUGGAAAUUGUUAAGUGUCAUUCCUUCUCUUUAACUUGAUAUCAGCAUCAGACUGUUCUCCCAAGAAAUCCUUCUGUAAGCUAAAUUACGUAUGUCCAGGGUCCUGGGAUACUGGAGUUUUGGUAUUGGACCAUUUAAAAUGGUUUGUGUGGUAAUGGAUCCGUGGUACCUCAAUGGUGGUGUAUGACAAUGAAGUAGCAUCGCGGUCUAUUCCGUUGCCUACCAACACCGGGAUCCCGGUUCGAAUCCCCGUGUUGCCUCUGGCUUGGUCGGGCGUCCCUACAGACACAAUUGGCCGUGUCUGCGGGUGAGAAGCCAGAUGUGGGUUUGUCUCCUGGUUGCUGCACUAGCACCACUAGCGCCUCCUCUGGUCAGUCAGGGGCGCCUGUUCGGGGGGGAACCGGGGGGAAUAGCGUGAUCCUCCCACACGCUAUCCAGAUAGCAAAACUGCUGUGGCCCGGACCCGUCCCACACCCGACACUUCAUCCGGCCCACAUACCGCGUGGAAUGAUGGCACUUGGGCGGUCCGCUCCUGUUUGCCAGAUCUGGGCCAGAACCAAGCCACAACAAUGCCACAUGUGCCACAUAUUUGCCAAAGGUGGCCCAUAUUUGUUUUGUGAUAUUUGGGCCAUAUUCACCAUUUACCACACGGGCCACUUCAGGGUCACAUCAUUGCCUGAAGUGGCCCACAUCCGGAUGCUAUCUGGGUACGUCCCCCUGGUGAAACUCCUCACUGUCAGGUGAAAAGAAGCGGCUGGCGACUCCACAUGUAUCGGAGGAGGCAUGUGGUAGUUUGCAGCCCUCCCCGGAUCGGCGGAGGGGGUAGAGCAAUGACCAGGACGGCUCGGAAGAGUGGGGUAAUUGGCCAGAUAUAAUUUGGGAGAAAAAUGGGGGGGGGGGGGGGAUCCAAAAAAAAAAAGGAAAUACGGAAUUGAGUUCUCAUUGAGUUCUCAUGUAUGUGUUCGGUGAAGUUAGUCAUUGAGUUGUUCUUAAUAAGGAACAUUAAUCAAAAUAAAUCGGUGGGCAGUUAUAUUCCUUCUGGCAAAGAAAUACCACUCGACCCACCAUCACUAUGAUGGUGUUUAUGUCUAUGUGCCUUACAGUCUUACGGUCAUUGCCAAAGAGAAAAACUGUCCAUCACAAAACAUGUGUCCAAUAGCAACGGCCGGUGACGGUUAAAACUUGUAGAUGUUUUACCAUCUCUGCUGAAGUGCUCGUGAGCAAGGCAAUGGACAAUAAAACCAAAUCCAGCAGUGCUACACUGUAGACAAUCCUGCACUCUUAUCCCCUUGAAAUAAAGAAUA